AUUACUGAACUUGGAAGGAGCAUUGUUGGCUUUCAGUGGUUAUGGUGAUCGUGAUGCACGUGUGACAGCUGCAAUUGCAAGUAAUAUUUGGGCUGUUUAUGAUAAAAAUGGCCGUAAUGCCUUUUCAGAAGACAGACUGAAUAUGGUCCUGAUGGAAUGUGAGGAAGGGAAAGUUUGUGUCACACAAGUAGCGAAUCUCCUGCUAUGCAUAUAUGCUAAAGAAAAUGUUGGGUUUGGUCUACUACGAGCCAAAACACAAGCUCUUGCAAAGUACCUGGAUGGCCCAUUACGCCAAGUUGCUGCAGCCUGACGUCCUCUUUGAUACUAGGUUUAAGUUUCUAAUAGAUUUUGCAUUCUUUACCAUGGGAAUUGUAUAAGACACAGUAUUAGUUUAAUUAAACAAAUUUUCUGAGCUUUAUGAAUCUUAAGAGAGGAUACAGUACAAUAAAUUUUGGAACCAAAAAAUUUGAAUAGAAGUAUCUGAGUGCUGUGUUUUCAUAGUUAUUUUCUAUUAUUCAGGAUUGAGUCAGUAAGACUAAGUGUGGCUUUAUUUGAAAGACUAUAGAUUUUAUUUAUGUUUCUCCAUCAUCAAAUAAAGUCUCAUAAUUGUA